AUGAGGGCAGAAUGUGUGGUAUAAGAGGCCAGGAAGGGGACAGGGGCCAGAUCUGCUGACAGCGUAAUUUCCCCCCAGGCUCCUGGGAGCUUUAUGGUCUGGGUCACUUGUUCAUCAAAGGGGCCAGUGCAGGAAAUACUGUAACCACUGAGCUGUCAAUCACUGCAGUAAUUCAUGGUGUUCCAACCUACAUCCGCAGCAACAGAUGGGCUAAAACUCUCAGGACAUGGCUGUAUAAUUGGAGGCCCACUGGCAGGAUGUGGCUAAUGUUUUGUGUUUCCUUGACUACACUUGGAUAUCAAUAGUUUGACAGUUUCAGCUCAUUCACCCAGGCACUUCCCAGUCAUUAAAUAAUAAAGAAACGAAAUAAUGUCCGUGACUGCAUUGUGCAAGUAUCACAGGGAUCCCAAUGAGAGGACUGGAGCAGGGGUGUGUGAAACAGGCACAGGGGGUCAUGGGUUUCUCUACAACUAAUGUACAAUUGUUUUCCUACUUUUUGGACAUCUUUAAGCAUAUUUUUUUGAAAAUUCCUUGAUUUAAUUUUUUUUAUAAGUCAACAAUCCCUCAAGAUCAACAGGAGUGGAAUGGUUUCUGAUCAAUACAUAAAUAACCAAUAACAAAAUAAAUAUAAAAUAAGGAAAGUAUAAUCGUGCGUACCAAUAUAGGUAACGUUUUACCUUAAUACUUAAUACGUAUCAACGUCCCUUUAACCCCUUAAGGACACAUGACAUGUGUGACAUGUCAUGAUUCCCUUUUAUUGCAGAAGUUUGGUCCUUAAGGGGUUAAAUGUUUAGAUAUACUGUUAAAACACAAAACGGAGAGUAUUCUAUUGGAACAAGUUUCAAUAAACCUAGCGUUUUAUGCCUGACCCAAAAAGGAUUUAAAGGGGACGCUUUUCAAAUAUUCACUCUUAAUCGUACCAUGAGAAAUGAGAAUAUGAACUAUAUAACAUUAUUCGAGUACUGCCAAAUUUGUCAGUGCUUUACAAAUAAUUUAUCAUUUAUUGAUUAUAAUAAUAAUAUAUAUUUUCUCAGCAUUAAUAAUAAUAAUAAAACGUAUAUCCAUAGAACACGGCAUGGUUUGUUUAGUGUUAGGCUUUGUAAAAUAUUGUAGAAAGUAAACUCCCAUCAUAACCAGCCAGAAACAGCCUGUAUUAGAGUAAUAGGAAUUGCAGUCCAUACCACCUCUAAUGUCCAUGGUGAGUACAUCCUUGUACCCAGGGCACAGGUAGCAUAAUGUUGGUUAAUGUCAGGGGUUGCCUGCUACAGUAGAAUAUAAUCUCCCAUCACUUCCAGCCAGGAGAAGCCUGUCUGAGAACGGUGGAAGCUACACUCCUCAGCUGUCCAUGGGUUUAGGCUGGGAACAUUAAUUUAGCGUAAUGAGAACUGUAACUCCUAUCACAUCAGGCAUUGUUCUGCCUGGCUGAGAAGGGGAGAUAUCCUUGGACAACACUGUCAUGACAGUGAAUUUUUUGCCCACCCCAAUUGUACAGCGCUGCGGAAUAUGUUGGCGCUUUAUAAAUCCUAGUAAUAAUAAUAAUACCCUGUUGUUCUGUUGAGUGCAGGGCCAUAUCACAUAAUUCAAACUUUCUUUGAUUUCAAUAGAACAUUCUGGAAUACGAAGACCAAGUGGUGCAUUUACUAAACAGUGAGAUGCUGUAGGCUGACAAUGGACUUGAAAAAUGAGCGCAGCUGAUAAAUAGCUCCAGUGCGGCUUUCCUUGGAUAAAAUGUUAGAACUUGCGGUGUUAUUCACUAAACUGUGAACUGCGGUGAACAAUAAACUGAAUUAAAAUUGAGAUAAAAAGUGCUGGUUUGAAAAAAAAAUCUCUACAUUUGCUACAUUUACAUCCUGAUUAUAUCAGCUAAAAUUGUGUAAUUCAGUUUUUAAUUCACUGCUAUCUAGUGGGUAACCUCUUAAAUGUCAACACAGCUUAAAUCACUGUUUAGUAAGUAGCCUUUUAGUUUUCAACACACCUUUGUCCAUGGAUUUAGUAUAAACCCAUUAGUUACUAUUGGGAAAAUAUGUCUUUCUUAGAAUAGAUUACUGAAUGACAAUGAUUGACAAUGCUGGAUCAAAGAGGUUCUGCAGAAGCUGAACUAAAAAAAAGUUAUAAAGUUAAGAGGACUACAUGACAGGAACAUAAUAUCCAGAGGAAGUGAUGCUGGUUGGCCACUCGAACAUCAAAUAAAAAGGAAAAUCCGAAAUAAUAACCUUUGCCCCAGGCAGACCCUUGGAGAGAUCAAAGUAUAACCACACUGCCUGUGUGGUACAGAGCUGAAUGAAUCAGUGGCUAAUGGUUACCUCAAGGCUGUGGGUGGGACAGUAAGUGGUUGGGUGAAGUCCUAACUCACUGGAGUGGAGGAGACCUGUGACUCAGCGUUGCUGGGCGGCCCCAGCCAACAUUCCUGAGCCUGUCACUGGAGGGAGUGGAGGAGGAAGGCGAAAUAAAUUCUAACAUAGCUCCUCUUUCUUCUCAUUCACUCAUUGGCACAGCUGAGGAAGCUACAGGUCAUUCAUUCACUGAGAACAACAGGAGUAGCUGGUGAAGUUCUAUCCCAAGUCCAACCCCAGCAGCAGGACACAGCUCCUUGACCAACCCAACCAAGAGGACAGUUCCUAGACCACUAGUGGCCACAGAACCAAGACCAACCCCAGCAAGAGCACAUUAUUCCUAAACCACUAAUUGCUACAAGAACAAACUCACCAAGUGGCAUAUAUUUUAGAUUGUCUUCACCAUCUGCCACAUCUCCAAGACCAGCCCCACUAGCCAUUAUCUCAGGUCCAGCAGCAUCAGCUGAGGCUCAGAAGACCAUGAGAAUGCAAGCCCCAGAGGUGAUCAUGGAGGGGGAGUUGGAGAAGAGGAGUGACAAUCUGCUCCAGUUCUGGAGGAAGAAGAUGUGUGUCCUGACCAAGGACAGCCUGAACAUGUUCGCUGACGGGCAGAAGAAGACCAAGUGCAAGGAGCUCAAGUUCCAGUCCAUCAAGAAGCUGGACUGCGUGGAGAGGACCGGCAAGUACAUCUACUUCACCAUAGUCACCACGGACAACAAGGAGAUCGAUUUCCGCUGCCCGGAUGAUAGCUGCUGGAACGCGGCCAUUACCAUGGCCCUCAUAGACUUCCAGAACAAGAAGGCCAUCCAACACUUCAGGUCCCGCCAGGAGAGUGAGCGGAGGGUCGCACCGUGUGUGUGAGGGAAAGGCGGCCACGUGGAGCAGCAGCGCUUAGAAGGUGAGAGCCGGCGUUCUAAUGGAAUGUUACAGUGUAACCUGCAGUAGCUGAGUGUUCUAAUGGAAUGGUACAGUUUUAUAAUGCACCCCAGCGUUCUAAUGACAGAAUGUUACAAUGUAACCACCCCCCGGCUCAGUGCACCCCCAAUUAUCGGGUAAUACUGGGCUUUUAUCCUCGGGAGAACGUCUUCCGCUGGCAUAGCUCGUUGUAUUUCUGGUAUAGUUUGUAUUGUAAUGAGAUUGUGUUUUGGGGUGUCUUGUUUUAGGGAGCAAAUAAAGUGGGAGCAGCCAUGAGGCAGGAGGAGAGUCGCUCAGUGAAACUAAAGUGUUAACGAUUUAUUAAUUAAAGUCACUUUCCUGGUGGCAAUAACUGGCAAGCCACGUGGAGCUGUGUGAAUUACAAAUAAAAGUAUAAAAAAUAAUAAUGUGAAUUGUGAUAUUUAGGGAAAAGUGCCCAAACUGGAAAAGUAGAAGAAUUGGAUUUCUUUUAUUUCUUAAAAAAAAAAGAAAAAGAAAAUAAUUACUUGGCCAAAGUCAUUGUAAUUCACUGUUUAGUUAAUAAACCCCAUAAGACUUAUAGCUCAUAGUCUUGUGCGGUCUUACCUGUCUUUAUCACCUGUAUAGCCUCAGGCCAGAGCUAUAUAUAUACUGCAUGCAACAUCUCUUCCAUCUGUAUAACCUGUGUUGGCUAACUCUGAAUGACAAAGCACUGUGGGAAUUGAAAUUUCACUGACCUAUGCAGUGGGAAGGAUAGCUCUCAUUACUAUGUACAGUUGUACUGGACCCCAGUUGUCCAAGGGUUAAUGUAUUUUUUUGGCUGUGCCAGUUUCUGUAUGUAUUUGAAGCCCAUCCUUCUUAUACAUUCAGGGUUUAAGAAUGUUGUAAAAUGCGUGGGAGCCACGAGUUUACAGGUUGUCUUCCAUCAUGGAAAUUGAGUUUUUAUUUGAUAAAUGUUUUAAGAAUUUUUUCAGUGAUUAUCGAAAUAACUCCUAUUCUGUUUCCACUAUAAUUGUUCAUAUAAUCUCAGCAUUCAAUACUACUUUAUUCUAAAUAUCAACUAGAAAAAAGAGAGACAGGCAGCCUCCUCUAAACCUCCUGAGCUGUAUCUUUCACUUAUUUAUACAUUCUAUACAAUUUAUCAUCUUUUAUCAUCUUGGCUGUAUAUCUGUUUAAGAAUGUAAAGUAAGAAGCUCAGCCGGAUUUCAAUUUUUUUUUUUGCUCUCUCAUCAAAUUGAAAAAAGGGAUGUAUUCACUAAUCUCUGAGUUGUGCUGGAUUUAAAUCCAAAGGACAAUUUUUUAGCCCGCACCAGCCAAGCUUUGCUUAUAGAGGAGAUUUUCCCCAUAUUUGCUAUUCUUGUAUGACUUUUCCCAUUUGGUUUUCCUUUCAAUGCAAUUCCGAGUUUAGUGAAUAAACCCUAAAUUGCGCAAUUUUAAAUUCUCCAGUAUGAGUUGGCCAAUCAAUGAGUUGUGUGUUUUCGCAAGAGCCAUAAAGGUGAUAGUGUCAAAAUUCAUGGUACCACGCGCCCUUACGACAGUCACAACUCUAUUGUACAGCGCUACGGAAUUUGCUGGCGCUAUGUAAAUAAUAAAAGAAUAAUAUUAUUGGAAAAGUCAAUUAUGACUACUACCAAAUUAUUCUUUUCGGAUAGUUGAACAAUGAAUUGAACAUCAUCCUGUAGCGUAUUAUUACUAAUGCUAUAUAAACGUGGACGGAUAUUUAUAUUUCUUGUGUUUUCCUCUCCUUAGUGCACAUAUCAUGGACCAAAUCGAGAGCAGAUUCCGGAGAUGCCGUAUGAAGCGGGAAGCAAUUUGCUUACAAGUAUAG